AUGGUGCCCAAUAGAGCGCUGACGUUGUCAGAGAGACCCACUGCAGAGCUCAUUCGGGGCAAGCAUCUCAAGCUCGUUGACGGGCAGAUUGAUCUGGACAAUGUUCCACUCAAUGGCGGAGCUCUCGCCAAGGUACACUGGCUCAGUCCCGACCCAUACAUCAAGCAGCGUAUGCGACCGCCGACGGUCAAGUCGUAUGUGCCUAUGUUCGAGAUCGGUCAAGCCGUGGAGGGGCAUGCGAUCGUCGAGAUACUGCGAAGCGAGCAUAGCUCGGUGAAGAAGGACGACAUGCUCUUUGCGUCCGGCGUCCCUUGGAGCGAAUAUGCAGUGUUGCCGGCCAGAGGUCUCCAAAGCUCUGUCGUGCUCAACGCCAACGAUAUGCCGAAGCUACCGCGCUAUUCGGCUUGGCUGUCUGCAUGCGGCAUGCCGGCCAUGACUGCCUUUACCGGCAUGGAAGUCUUUUCCAAAGCCAAGUCGGGCGAGAAGCUCUUCGUGACGGCAGCGAGCGGCGCAGUGGGUCAGAUGGUUUGUCAGUGGAGCAAGAAGCAGGGCUUGUUCGUCAUUGCCUCUGCUGGCUCUGACGACAAGGUUGCCUAUCUGCGCGACGUACUCAAGGUGGAUCACGCAUUCAACUACCGCACGGCGAACGUACUCGAUGAGCUCAAGAAGCACGGACCGAUCGAUAUCUUCUUCGACAACACUGGCGGGUCCGACAUUGAUGCCUUCUUCGAGACGGCAGCAGACUUUGCGCGCCACUUGGUGUGCGGAGCAAUCAGUCAGUACUCCAAGGCGGCAGCGGACCAACACGGCAUCAGAAAUUGGUUCUACGUCAUCACCAAGAAGUUGACGAUCAGGGGAUUCGUCUACAGUGACGACUUUGCGAAAGUGAAGGAGAGGUUCUACCAUCAGGAAUGGGCCCAAUGGGUCGCAGACGGCGAGAUCAAAUACGUCGAGGAUGAGAGUGUCGGGAUCGAGAACCUCGAGCAGGCUUUCAUCUCGCUCUUCUCUUCGAGAGCAGGCUCCGGGAAAGUGAUUGUCAAGAUUGCGCCCGAAGCUAACUGA